CAAACAUCAUGGCGCAUCGGGGCCGGAGCGAGGCGGCCUGGGGGCUCGGAGCCCCAUACAGACCCCUGUCCCUCGGCCCUUCUCUCCUCGGCUGUGGAUUAUUGCACUUAAGAAUGAACAUUGAAGAUAAACUGGGAGGAUUAUUUCUUAAAUGUGGUAGCAUAGAGCAAAUGCAAUCAUCUAGGGGUAUGGUUGGAAUGGGUGCUGCAUCUCACCAAUCAUCAAUUUCUGUGGAACGGCAGGAAGCAGCCCUUCAAGACCGGGCUAUGGCACAUCAUGAAAUCCUUUCCCCAGGUGAAGUGCUACAAGAAAGUGAACUUCGACAACAAGAAAUGAUUCCACAUGAUGAACUCAUGGUUCAUGAGGAGACAGUGAAAAAUGAUGAUGAGAUGGAGGGACAAGACAGACUUCCACAAGGACUUCAAUAUGCAGUUAGUGUUCCGCAGAUCAGCGUGAAACAAGAAAUUACCUUUACUGAUGUAGCAGAACAGCAGAAAAGGGACAAAAAGUUAAUACGAGAAGGUUUAGAUAUGCAAAAGAAGAAAAAAAGGAAACAGCGUUCACCAGCAAAGAUCCUUACAAUAAAUGAGGAUGGAUCACUUGGUCUGAAAACUACCAAAUCUCACAUUUGUGAGCAUUGCAAUGCUGCCUUUAGAACCAACUACCAUUUACAAAGGCAUGUCUUCAUUCAUACAGGUGAAAAACCAUUUCAGUGCAGUCAGUGCGAGAUGCGUUUCAUACAGAAGUACCUGCUACAGAGGCAUGAGAAGAUUCAUACUGGUGAGAAACCAUUUCGAUGUGACGAAUGUGGCAUGAGAUUCAUACAGAAAUAUCACAUGGAAAGGCACAAGAGAACUCACAGUGGAGAGAAGCCUUACCAGUGUGAAUACUGCUUACAGUUCUUCUCAAGGACUGACCGUGUAUUGAAACACAAACGUAUGUGCCAUGAGAACCGUGACAAGAAGCCGAACAGAAGUGCCACCAAACUAGGCCUUUUGUCUCCAGAUGAAGAUCAAGGCUUCCCUAUGCCUUUGAAAGACAGCUCUUUGCCAAAGAAGAAAAGGCAAAAAACUGAGAAAUUGAAGUCUUCUGGGCUGGACAAAGAAAGUGUGACUGAUAAAUCUGAACUUAAAAAAGAUAAAAAUGAUUUUUUGCCUUUGUAUGCUGGCAGUACUAAGAUAAAGGAUGAAUACAUGGUGGCUGAAUAUGCAGUUGAGCUACCACAUUCGUCUGUCAGUGGAGGGCACUUACAAGAAGCAAAUUCUGGAGAAAUACAUCCGCCUAAACUGGUACUCAAAAAAGUUAACAGUAAGAGAAGUUUGAAACAGUCCCUAGAGCAAAGUCACUCCAUUUCAUCCCUAGCCUCUUAUGAAGACAGCAAGGUUUCAAAGUUUGCCUUUGAUCUGGUGGACAACAAAGUUCUGUUGGGCUCUGAAGGCAAUGCAGACAUUGACCAAGUUGAUACUUUGCAAGAAGGUCCCAGUAAGCCUGUACACAGCAGCACAAACUACGAUGAUGCAAUGCAGUUUUUAAAGAAAAGACGGUAUCUCCAAGCUGCUAAUAGUAACAGCAGGGAAUAUGCCUUGAAUGUCGGCACCAUUGCCUCUCAGCCUUCAGUUACUCAAGCUGCUGUUGCAAGUGUGAUAGAUGAAGGUAGCACAGCAUCAAUACUGGAUACAUCAGGACUGAGUGUAGAGAUUAAAGGUAACCAUGACAAAAAUGUCAUUCCAGAUGAGGUACUUCAAACUCUUUUAGACCAUUAUUCUCAUAAAGCAAAUGGCCAGCAUGAAAUAGCUUUUAAUGUGGCUGAUACAGAAGUGACUUCCAGUAUUGCAAUCAAUUCUUCUGAAGUAUCAGAGGUCACACAAGCUGAGAAUGUUGCAACAAGCUCUCAAGGUUCCUCAUCCGAUAAAGCCAGUAUGUUACAGGAAUAUUCCAAGUUUCUUCAGCAAGCUUUGGACAGAACUAGCCAAAAUGAUGCCUAUUUGAACAACCCAAGCCUUAAUUUUGUGAGUGACAACCAGACUCUUACAGGGCAACCAGCAUUCUCUGCUAUAGACAAACAGGUCUAUGCAUCUAUCCCUGUCAACAAUUUUCGAUCAGGAAUGAACUCUCCAUUAAGAACAACUCCAGACAAGUCUCAUUUUGGACUUAUUGUUGGUGAUUCCCAGCAUUCUUUUCCAUUUUCAGGUGAGGAGCCAAAUCAUUCUUCCUCAUCCUCUACACAAGACUUCCUGGAUCAAGUGACUUCUCAGAAGAAAGCAGAGGCACAGCCUGUCCAUCAAGCAUAUCAAAUAGGUUCUUUUGAGCAACCAUUCAGGGCUCAGUACCAUGGAACAAGAGCUGGAAUAUCAUCUCAAUUUAACACUGCUAAUGGGCAAGUGAACCUCCGGGGGCCAGGGGCAAGUGCUGAAUUCCCAGAAUUCCCCUUGGUGAAUGUAAAUGAUGCUCGAGCUGGGAUGAACUCUUCACCUGAUGCCACAACAGGCCAGACAUUUGGCUAAGCUUUUUUUUUUUUUUAAAAGAAAUAACAUUGGCACUUUAGCACAGGUCUGCUCAGCUGAGCUUGUUCUCUCUAGGAUGGAGUCCUAUACAGAUUUAAGGCCUUGUGUUACAACAAAAAAGUAAACUGGUACAGCAUAUUGGUAACUACUUUUUGUUGUUGUUGUUAAUCGCCAUUCUUUGUGAAUUGCCUUACAAGUGGGUAUCCAGUGAUAAGGCAGAUGGUUUUUUGUUUUUUUUUUUUUUUGCUUAUUUGAGAUCAGGAACUUGCUAUGUUGAGAUUUAAUACCAGAUGAAACAAACCAAAAAACCCAGAUAAGCUGUCUCUCCUAUAAUAGUUCUGUAGUUUGGCAGUGUUGAUUAUUUUGGGGACAAGAAUAAUUAUUAGAUCAUUCAUAUUAAAAUUUCCUAAUUAGUUAUUCUAGCCAUUGCACUUCAGCAGGGUAUAUGAAUAAAGUGUACAAACAAAGUAAACUGAAAAUUUAAAUGUUAGUGAGGAAAUUAUGAUUAGACAACUAUAGUACUUUUGGGGAAAAUAUCACUUUCUGGCUGCUGUACAGGAGCAAUCCAUUACUAGUGUAUAAGUUAGAAAAUAAGAAGUGGCACAGAUAAUAUUACAGUUAUUGAUUACUUUGCAUUUUCUCUUACUAUACUUUAGGGAAAUUAAUGUUUUCAAGACACACACCCCUAUUUAAAUGCUCAAAUAAUAAUUUAAAAAGUAUUGCAUAUUUCUUUGUACCUUUAAAGUUGAACAUAACUUUUUGAAGUUUUCCCCUCUACAUGAUAGCUGUCAAGAUGUUCAGGUUUUAGCCAAAUGCUUUGUAGACUACAUUCCCUGUUUCAUAAUAUCUAUAUAAAUCAAAUUUCAGGAUUUAAAUCUUCAAAUCUGCAGUAAUUGACAUUAGAGCACUUAGAUUAUUUUCAAUAUUUUUUCAUUCUCAAGAAUAGAACUAUUUUCUACCUUUAGACUCAGUAUGGCUACAUCAUUUUCACACUUUUUUAAAAAAAAAUGAGAAUUAAUGGGAUACCUUCUCAUCUCCUCAAACUUGAUCUUACCAACAAAUUUAAAUUUAUUAGAUAUAGAAAAUUACCCCAGAAAAAGAAGGAAGUAAACAUUCUCAUUACAUAUCUCAUUGCUGGGCAAUGACCGUAAUAAAGAAAUUCAUUCAUUCACCGCAGUGAACAGUUUCACUGUGGUUUUGCCAACUAGAGGUGAUGAGUAAAGAGAAACAAUCAAAAGAUAACUGGUCAGAGUUUUACUUAAUUUCAUGUAUUAAUAUAUUUUAACUUUAUUCCUCUCUUAUGUAGAUAUUUUAAUAGUAGGCUGUCUUGAGUUAUAUAGUGUGGUGCAACAAUUAGUAUUAUAUAAAAUUUUAAAAUGGUGUGUUUUGACUUAACAUGAAUAUUGGGAUAAUUUAACUAUUUUUUAAAAAAACAGAAACUAUUUUCAUCAUAUGAAUGGGGUGUUUUACAGUAAUCUUUAGCCAGUAUUUUACGUAAUGGCUGAGUGACAAGAACCUAGGUACCCCCACCAUGCAAAUCAUCUAGGCAGUGAAGACUUAUUUUAGAACAUCAUCUCUACUUUCCAUCUCUUACAGAAGAUAUGUAGUCCAAAUGAUAUCUCUCUCACAAAGAAUUUGGUUAAUAAUAAUAAUACAACAGAAUUUUCCAGGGAAAUCAUCACUAUUAAUUACCGUAUAUACUCAUCUAUAAGUCUAAAACUUUAUGCCCAAAAAUUGAACCCAAAAUCCCAGGUCGACUUAUUUAUGGGUCACUAUGGUAAUAUGAUAGCAGCUCUUUCAGAUUUCCCCAUGCGGUGCAGAGAGGAGUUUAUUUCUCUUUGGAGCCAAGCAGGAAGAGUCCUGAGGUGAUUGAUAUUGCUGUUUGUUUAAGACUCCAUCUCUCGCCUGUGCCUGGCUGAAAUGAAAGCUGAAAUGAUGAAGCAAAAAGCCUUAAUGAGAGUCUCUCUUGCCACUGAAGGAGCCUUCACGUUUUAUCCUCAACCUAUCUACAAGUCAUGACAAAAUCCAUAAUUUUGGCCCCAAAACCUGACCUCAACUUAUACAUGAAGUCGACUUAUAGUUGAGUGUAUACAGUAAUUGAAGUAUCUAAUUCAGGUGGUCAUUGUCUUCCUUGUGCCAUCAGUGCAGUUUUAGGCCCAUCUUUUAAUAUUUAUGAAACUCAUGAACAGUGUGUUACCUCUCUCAGAUAAGCCUAAGAGUUUUCAUAGAUCCAUAGUCAUUCCUGUCAGUCAGAAAUAAAUUGUGGCAAUAAGGUGUUGUUACAUCCUGAUUCUCGGUAUAAAUGGCAUAUAAAUUGAUUCAUAGAAAAGUGAUUAAAAAUAACUAAAGAUGCAAAGUCAAAAUAGCUUUAUUAAUGAUGUGAAAUCUUUUUUAAAUCUUAUAUUUCAACUUUUAAAAUUUUUAGUUAGCCCCCACAUUAAGCCAGCUAGCACACACUGUAUGCUAAUUUAAACUAAGUAUCUCUAGCAUAGCGUCAAAGUACCUCUUUUUCUAUAGUUAAUAGCGGAUCAUGAUCCCUAAAAGUUUGCUGGAGGAAGUCGCUUGUGAAAUUUUAGGGCGCAAGCACAGAUAUUAAGACAAGAUCAGUAUGCGUAGAGCAAAGAUUUAAAAUCUAUAUACAGGAAACAAAUAGAUACUUCUUUGCAAGAAGUGAAAAAGUGAAGGGAGAAAUGAGGAAGGAAUUCUGGCUAGGAUGUCAUGAGCCUUUUAUUCUUGUGGCACAUACAUUUUCAUAACACACACCAGAGCUUUUUCGAUUUACAGUAGGCCCUUGGUAUCCACUGGUGUUUGGUUCCAGGACCACCAUGGAUAACAAAAUCCGUGGAUGCUCAAGUCUCAUUAAAUACAGUGGCAUAGCAAAAUGGUGUCUCUUAUAUAAAAUGGAAAAUCAAGGUUUGCUAUUUGGAAUUUAUACUUUUUUUUUUAAUAUUUUCAAACCGUGGAUGCUUGAAUCCAUGGAUAAAAAAAUCUCUGAAUAAGGAGAGCCUACUGUAUUCUUCUGACAGCUUCUGCAUUUGUGUUAAGAACGGGUACUUUGUAGUGUCCCCAGUUUCCCAUAGAUUUUGGGGGGGGGCAUGAGGGGGUUGUGCUGGCAAAAGGGGGGCACCAGAACCUAGAAAUGUUCAUAGGAUGUCAGCCAUGAACAGAAAUUCCACUUGAGACUUUUCUGAUCCUGCCCACAAAAAUCUUGUUAGAAUCUGGUCCUAAACUGUUUCUAAACUGAAGAGAAAUUAUGGCUCUUAAUCCUUAUUAUUUUACAAUUCUGAUUUGUGUACUCAUUUGCUGGUAAUAUUAAUACAAAUGAUUUUUAUGAUGGGAUAAUGAAUUAUUAAAACACAUUUAGGGCAUCUUAGCGGUGAUUCAACAGCCCUAUUAAAUCCAAAUAUACCAUUGCGAUUUGGUUAACAAUCACUUUGAAAUUGGAUUUUAUUGCAAAUGUCCUGCUUUGAUUCAUUUUUUCAAUAGUCUUAUAGGUUUAAACUUUAAUAGCUCACAUUUGGGAUGUAUGUCUGGCCUUUCUCUUUCAAUAUUAAUUUGCUGCCCCAUUUAUUAUUUAUAUAUACAUAAUUAUGAAGGAAUUGGGUUUUGAGCUUAUAGCUAAAAUUGCCACCUUAUCUCCUGUUUACCUUAAUGAUGCAGGGUUGUCACGGGUGAAACAUAGCAUCAUGUAUUGCAGUGCACUAGGGUUCUUGAAAAAAAAAAUAGGUUAGAUGGAUUUGUUUUUCAUUUCUGUUGAAUCACCUCCUGCCUUUCCUGACAAGACUAUUAGAAGACUCCAGCAAGUUAGCAAGGGUUUGAGAGAGGAAAUAGUUGAGUGAUCUGGUGAUUUCUAAUGGGAAUGACUGAUAAUCCCCACACAAGAUGGUUUCUCUUAUUUCUCUUCUGUGAUAUAAAGUCUUGUAGUUGAGGUCUUACAAAAGUAUAACUGUAACUUUAACCAAACAUAUCGCAGAACAUUGUACAAACACUGAAUACUAAGCCACAAUUGUCAGAAUGAAAUACUUGUAUUGUCAUAUGCCUUCUUUUGUUUGCUUAUUUAUUUUGUGAUUUUUAAAAUGGGUUUUCAGGUCACUAAUGUGAAUUAAUAUGCUUUUAGUACAACUGUUGGCUUUCAUUUCCAUCCAUACUUUCGGGUUUAUCUUUUGAAAAAAUUCCAUCUGGAUACGUACAGCAUAUUCCAUGUUCCUUUUUAUGAUGUGUGUAUCAUGUUUCUUAAAUAUUUGAAGAGGAUCAAGAGUAGAUCCAACAUCAGCCUGCUUUAAUAUUUCAGUAUUAACUUGCUUUGUAUUUGUAAACUUGCAACCUAAAAUGUUAUUGGUUAAGAGACUGGGUUCUUUUGCAAGUUUCAGGAGAAUAGCUAUUAGCAUAUAGUUCAGAACUUUAGAAGGCUGAAAUGUGCUUGUGAUCUGGGUAUUUUGGUUGGUCAAAACUCAUGUAAUUUUUGCAAUUGAUAUGAUUAUUAAUAAAGCAAACUAUGUUUAUGUUUUCUUAAAUUAUGCUCAACAGAAGCCUUGCAACUUUGGAAAUGUUUUCAUUUUAUGUUAGUGCAUGUAUGCUAGAUAUGUAGCACAUUUAACUUACUCCCUUUGCAACAAAUAUGUCCUGAGAAAGUAUUACAAUGAUGGGGAAGUGUUUUCAUGUUUUUUUUAAAAAAAACUUUCAUUUUUUUCAAACAAAUUUGUUUCAGGGAAAUUUUCUAGUUGCUUUUCCUAUACAUAUAUGAAUCAUUGUUUCCUCUUUUCAGUAAUAAUUAAGAGAGAGAGAGAGAGAGAGAGAGGGAUCUUCUGGCAGUGAUCACAACCUGAAGCAAGCAAAUCUUUCUCAGAGUUCUUUCUUGCUUUCUUUAUCCCAGUAGAUGGAAAGUUAAAAAAAAAAAGUGUAAAUGUUUAUUUUAUUUUUUUAUGCUGUAAAUAUGAGUUAUCAGAUAAGGAUGUACCUAUGAUUGAAUCUUUGAUUCUGCACAGUUAGAGUUUAUAUAUAAAAUAUAAAUGUGUCUUGACAAUCAAGGACUUACUGUCAGUCUUCCUUUAUGAUGUUUUAUUAAUGUUAUGCAUUCCAUUUGUUAGACUUGAGUACCAAUGUGGGAAUUUGUAUUGUCUGUAAAGUAUGUAAUGUUUUUACAGCUUGUUUUUAAACAAAAAAAGGAAAAAAGAAUCUUGUAUAUAAACAGAUUACAGUACUGCUUUAUAUCAGAAGGCAUAUGAUGUACUGUAUGUAAGCAAUAAUGCCUAACAAUGCUAACUUUGCAAGUAGCAUAAGGAUAGCUCCAAAAACUGUUUGGAAGAGUUAAUAGCUUUGUUUAAAUUAAUAUUUUUAAUCAAUAAAUUCCACUUUUUUCUUUGUAGUAUAACUUUGUUUACACAGCACAAUCUGAGUUGUAGGGAGAUCUAUCAUUAGAUCUAUACUGUAUCUGCAUACAAAUGCAUCAUCAAAUGAGUGGGUCAACUGCAAGAUGAAGAAGACUGUAAAAAUUAGCAUUCAUAUCGUGGAAGAAAGAAUAGGGUGGUUCUUCGAUACUACUACUGUGCUGAUUAUCCUUGUAAUUUAAUUUUUAAAUCCUUUUAUCCUGAUAAGGAUUUAGUAUAAAUCGGGUUUAUUGAUAACAAACAGUGGUUUGGUUCAUAAUUCACAUUGCAUUUAGCAUUGUAAUGGUUUAUUUUGACAGUUAUUUUUUGCCAUAGGAGUUAACAGCUGUUUAGAUGAGCUUUAUUUCGUUCAAGCAAAACAAAACAAAAAAGUCAACCUUAGCUAGAUUUGAAGUGUUCUUUUAAGAUGUAAAGAGCAACAGAAUUAUUUGAAAUCAUCACUGCUUUGGGGGGAAACAUCACCGAUUUAUAAAUGUAUAACUUACAUUUUUUAAGAGGAAAUGUUUUUAAAUGCUAGUCAUUUAUAUAAUACGUGCUUUGAAGGAUUUGCUAGUUCACUUCUGUCACUUUUAGUACACUGGUAUCUUUUAUAUGUAAUGUAUGCUUUUUAUUAUUGUAGCAAAGCAUUUCAGUAGAAGGAAUUUUGCAACAGUGUUGGGGGAAAUUUUAUGGUUGGAAGCUAAUUAUCCUGGAUUCUGUCUCUGUAGUUUUGUCUUUAUUUCUAAUGAUGUCGGGCAAAGGACUUUGGCAUUCAAAUAAACCCAAUUAUCUACUUUCAAAAAAGGUUAUAUUUAGUAUAUACUAUACUGUGUGAUUUGCAGUUGAGUCCAUAAAGCAUGAUAACUUCAGGAGGAAGGUACAACAAACUGAAUGCUACAGCAUGGGCAGGAGAGACGGAUGCUUUUGUACUGCAUUUUCUGACAUUUUCUUUUUCUUGGAGUCCAUAUGCCUUGUUUGUCUUUCUGUUGUUAGCAUUCCCUAAAAUACUGGCAAAUGAGACCUAUUUCAGUGGUAAUACAGUAUUACUUUAGCUUACAAUUACAGAUCUGUUGGUUUUACUGUGAGUGUUGAUUUUUUUAAAAAGCCAAUUAAAUUCCUAGUUUAAAUUUUAAAAUGUAUAAUACAGAUCCUUUUGUAUAAACCUUGAAAGUAUGAAUUUGUGUGAAUAUUUUGUAUUUGAAAUAAAUUAGGUGAUUGAGAAUUCCUGAGGAAUCAGGAAUUUUGUGAUGAUGAAGUGUGUUUGUGUAGUGGUUAUGUAUGGAUUUACAUUCAAAAACUGCAUGCCUUUUUUUUUUUUUGAGAUGUUGAGAAAUUAUUGUAAGUAAACCUGGCACACUGGAUCUAGAGUUUUCAAAAUAUAUAUUUGUUCCUUAAUGGAAGUGAACACACCUUCUUUUACCUAAUCAAUAUUUCUAAAUAUUUAAAGGGACUAGAAAGUGCCAAUGUCAGUCUCACAUCUCUCAGUUCAUAUAAUGUGUCCAUCGGUUGACUCCUUGUUUGAGCUGACUAAAGGUUGUAGACACAUGAAAUUCAGCCUGUUUUUUUUUUCAGAGAUGAAAGUGACAUUGCAGAUCCACAUUGUUUUUCUUCCUUUUCUGUGAAUUUGCUUGUUCCUAGAUUCAUAUUGCAAAGAGGAAGGCCUGCUCAUAAUAUCAAAGAAAGCUGUAGAAAGGAAAUAAACUUACACUAAAAUAAUCAAAAUAAGAUUAAACGCAAAAAUGAGAAAGGAUGUUCAGUUGAAAUGUUGAUAUUUAGUAUGGCACUGAUAAUUUCUCAUUUUCUCUGAAAAUUUAAAAAAAUGAAAAUACUUCUAAAAUAUACUAGCCAAUAAAUAAAGAGCUUCUUUGGAAUAGAAGUGAAAUAGUGGCCAGAAAGGAAAUAGAGGAAUGGACAAGACCAAACCUUCUUCAUGAUAGUAGCGGAGAAGGUAUCUAGGUUGCUUUCCUGUAUUGUCAAAAACAGCAGCAGCAGCUCUCUCUGAGCAACUCUACCAGUUAUACCAGUACAGUAUACUGGCUUUGGGAUGCUUGCAUGCUCCCCCCCCCCCAAAGUAUUCUAGUUGCUAGAAUAGUCCAAACUGCCUUCUACUUGCUUAAAUAAUGUAAACAAGAUGGCACAAAAAUAAGCAGACGCACAUUUAAAAAUUGUGCAAAUUCAUACUUUCUCAUUUUUCAAAGUGCUAUGCAUUCAGUGAUGAGUAACAAUGUGGUGUAGUGGUUUGAGUGUUUCACUGCAACUCUGGAUACCAGGGUUUAAAUCCCCACUAGGCCAUACAAACCCAUUGGGUAACCUUGGCGAUAUCACGCUCUCUCAGCCUCAGAUAAGGUGAAACAAACCCCCUCUGAACAAAUCUUGCCAAGAAAGCCCUGUGAUAGAAUUGCCUUAGGGUUGUCAUAAGUCAGAAAAACACUUGAAGGUACACAACAACAACUACUCCAGGUUUUUCAGCAGAAAAAUCCUCACCAGUUGUAAUGCCAGUAAAAAUAUGACUAUUAUUUAUUUAUUAUUUAUAAGUUAGAAAUGACUUCAAGGCACACCACAACAACAACAAUAUAUACCUGCAGUAAGUCCAGUAUUCUGACUGAGUUCUCUGUGGUUAACAUCUUGUUGAUAGAUAAAAUGCAGUAUGAAUUGGCAUAAAUCUUCAAGGAUAAAUUGAAAGAUGUACUGUACUAAUCUGCAGAAUAACAUACAGUUACAUAGAAUUUAUCUCUUUUAAGUGGCAUAAUGGUUUUCACUGCACUUUGGCAUCCUUUCCUGAUGAUGAAUUUGAGUUUAUAAUACAGUACCAUUUAAAAUGUAUGCUCAGGUUUAUUUUUUAAAAAUCUGUCAAGUGAAUGUAUAUUUGCAAUGGUUGAAAUUUCAGUGUGCUGGAAAAUAAAAAUACAGAACCUGGCUUUAUUAA